AUGGGUAUCUGCCUAUCUUGCUUGCGUCCCGAGGAGGAUGAAGAAAACCCACAAUUGGGCGAACGGACGCCGUUGCUCGGGCAGAAUACCUUGAAACAGGAAGAGAUCGCAGCUGAGAACCGACAGAAGGAGCUCGACACGAUUGUGAGCGACUUGACUGAAAACUUAAUCGACGUCACCACGUUCUUGCAGGCGCCAGACGAGGGCGAGGUCGAAGAAACAGGAGCUGAAGAGGAAGCCGAACUGCAGCACGAGGCACCAAAGCAGUUACCGUUCACCUUGAUGACCGAGGACCACAAGCGCUCGUUACGCCAGAUUAGUCAGGAAGUAUCGACGAUAUUGGAACGGGAAUUGACAGUAAACAGUGUUGGUGCGUUGGUCCUUGAUUUUGGGGCUGACUAAGCAGUGAUGGCAACAACCGUUCGCAGAACAAUCUACACUCAGCAAAUAACCCCGAGACACUACCUCCAGGGAAGGGCUGCUGUCAGUCAUUUCCAUCGGGAGACCGAGUGCCUACAAAAAACGAGGUUGUACAAUACGACUAAGAGAAUACGCAGGGUGAUAUCGCGUAGCUGAAAAUUAUGGGGCUUAGGGUCUAAUUGAAGUAACUAAUUUAAUGGGGCACGUAGAUACGG